AGCUGCAUGUAAGACGUGUUGUCGACGGUCGCGCUGUGAGUCGGGCAAGUCAGUGAAGCAAAAAACACGUUAAAAUUUCGUCAUCGUUUUCCCCGUUCAACGCGCGCGUAAAAAAGCAAAACAAACCAAAAUAAAUUGGCCGGAAUGCAUAAUGGAAACGCGUGUAACAAUCAUGUGAAAUUGCGUUAAAAGCAAAUGGCAGGAAAUGGAGUGUGCGGCAUGGAAGAGAGCGAGAGCAUCAAAUUGGUAUUAGAGGUUAACAAGCAAUUGCAACAGCCGGCGAAAUAGAGGCGGGGAAAUUUGUGGGCGUAUGGGCGUGGUGGCGUUGAGGGAAGCAAAAAGCGACGUUGACUGCACACACAUACACAAGCACAGGCACAGACUCGCCCAUAUACAGACAUAAAAGUCAAUUAAUGUACAAUUACAACAACAAGAAGAACAACAACAGCUACAACAAAACGCUUGCGAAUCAGAUGUGAGACGUGAGGAGAGCGAGAGAGUGAGAGUGAGUGAGAGAAAGAGAAGGAGUCAAAGUACAGGAUAAGCGAACGGAAACGGCUGGCAACAGAAAUUUCUUCAAAUUACACGCAACGUGAGUUGUAUCAGAGAGGAGACAGAGAAGAAGACGACGACGACGGCGACGAAGUCGAAGGAGGAGGUGCAAGGAGGGGUGUGUGAGGGCCCAAUACCAAAUCCAAUGCUCGCUGCCGGCCACAAAAUGACUUUCGUUAACAAGCUGAGCAAAAGCUUCCGCUGGCUGCGCUGCUCGACACUGUGCGCCAUUUUGUUUUAUAUGUUUUUCAUUGGCCUCAUAUUGCACAGCACCAGCCACAAGCUGCAACAGCAGCAGCAGCAGCAACAACAACAACAGCAGCAACAACAGCAGCAGCAAGGGGAGCAACAACAGGAGCUGAGCACAGUUGACCAGGCCCCAGUGCUGGCCAAGUCUACGCCCAAUAGUCGCGACCAGCAGGAACUAGAGCAACCACAGCAAAAGCAACAGCAACAGCAAAAGCAAAAGCAACAGCAACGGCAAAAGCUGAAGCUGAACAAUUUGGAUUUGGGCAAUGCUCAGACGAAGCAGACGGAGCAGCGGCAAAAAGUGCAACCGAUGUCUGCUAAUGAGGUGGGUGGCAGCAGAGAUGGAGGAAAAGACGGAGGCGGUGGCAGCAAAUCCAAGUCACAGCAGCGACCACAGCCCGAAACAGUUAUAAUAACGACCAGCAAUGUGAACGAGAAGCAAAUACUUGCUAAAGCUUUCAAACGUGCUGAUCGAAAUCAUGAUGGUCGUCUGACCAUCCAGGAGUUGGGCCAGUACAUAAAUCGCCGGAUUGUGGAGCAUAUAGACAUUGCCAUCAUGAACAAUGCUCGAGAGUUUCGACGUGUAGAUAUUGCUCCAGCUGAUGGACUGAUCACUUGGGAUGAGUAUCAUCGAUUCUUUCUGCGCGAGCAUGGCAUGACAGAGGCCGACAUCGAUGAGCACGAUGAGAUCAGGCACACCUCACUCAAUCGCAAAGCACGUGAGGAUAUGAUGAGGGAUAAGGCACGUUGGUCUGAGGCGGCGAGAACCGAUCUCUUUACGCUGACCAUCGAUGAGUAUCUGAGCUUUAGGCAUCCCGAAUCAAGUGUUGCCAAUCUGUUGGAGUUGGUGGAUGAUUUGUUGCGUCAGUUCGAUCAGGAUGGGGAUGAUCAGCUGACCCUAGAAGAGUUCUCCGAUCUGAAUGUGGACGAUGAUGAGGAUCUGCUGCGCAAGUCCUUAAUCUCCAAAACAUUAGUCGAGCGGCGCGAGGAAUUCAAGCGCAUCAUCGAUAAGAAUCACGAUGGCAAAGCCGAUCGUGGUGAACUGUUGGACUAUGUGAAUCCCAAGACACCACGAUAUGCCCUCCAAGAGGCGGCCACUUUGUUCAGCUUAUGUGAUGAGAACAAGGACGAAUUGUUGACACUCAAAGAGAUGACAGACAAUGCGGAAAUAUUUUUGCAGUCCAAGAUGAUCGACACGGCGAAUAGUUUUCACACUGAAUUCUAAUUAGAAUAAUCAAUCCCGAUUUUACACACUUCACAUCAUCUGCAACCGUCCCUCCCAGUUCAAUCUAGAACCAUCCCAGCUCACAUCUAUCAGUAAAAAGAAAAAACUAUAUAAUCUUUGUGCAUUUAUAGUGAUAUUAAUUUGUAAGUUGUUGCACGUAAUGUUUAAUAAUAACAAAAAUAAAGUACACACACAUUACUAAUGGAUAACAAUAAUAAUAAUAUACUAUUUAGGUAUAAUUUUGUUAGAACUUUGUACUACGUAACCAUUAAGUGCAAGAGGCAAUUCAUUUAAUGUGUGAUCUUAAUUAACAGUUUUACUUAAGAAUGCAAAGCAAUUGGAAACUGAAUACUCCAAAUUAUACAAAACACAAAAUAACAAAAAAAUUACACAAUA